AUGGCACCUCCUCAACUUCGUGGCUUUGUGCAGAAAAACCUCCAAAGAGCUAUUUUGAGGUCCAUUGGGCUGGGCAUUAUUGCUGGCUGCAUAUGGAAGUUUGGCUAUGCUGAUCCAAAGAGGAGAAGGUAUGAAGAAUUCUACAAGAACUAUGAUGCAGAGAAAGUUGCUGAACAGAUGUGGGUCGAGGAACAAGCUCGUCAAGCACAAGCACAGUAGGUAAGUCUUCUUAAGGAGAUAAUAAACAGAAAGAGACCAAUAUAUAACUGUUGGAAGAGUGCUGGCCUUGCACUGCUGUGGCUAAGGUUUGAUUCCUAGAUCAGGCUUCAAACAUGAUUUGAGUUUGUUGAUGGUUCUUCCAUUUUGCUCUAUGUGUCUUUUUAUGGGGGUUUUCUGGUAUUAACACACCCUUGGCAAUAAAAAAAAUCUCCUGAUUUCAUUUUGAUAUGGAAACAGUAAAUAAUGAGAAAUACUUUUUGGAUGUAUAGUGCUACUAGUAAGUUUGAUUAUUUAUCCUUACUAAGCUGGCUUCUCAAUUCAGAUUACAUAUCUAUUACAUUUUCUGAUGACAACCAAGCUUUUAGCUAGAUGGCCAUUCAGCUGUCUUGAAGAUGGCCACUUUUUAAGAGAAAUAAAUAAAUAAACAAAUAAAUAAAAGCAGAUCUUGUUGAGUUGUAGUCAGCAAUUUCAUGAUAGUUUGGAAAAAAAAACCAUUGGAUUUUAUAGCCAUUGUGAAAAACUUCACAUACCAUCUCACAGUCAUAUAAUUCUACUUUUGUACCUGUGGUUCUUUGAUAGGCAAAUGUUGAUCACUAUUUUUCCAUUUAUCUGUGUUAAGAGCAUGAUAUUUGGUAUGGAAUCAAUUUCAUGGAAAGGAAUGUCAUGUAGUGAGAAGCAUUCUUACUGAAGAGUGCUUAUUGGUGGCUACAUGACAUAUAAGUUGUGAAAGCAGUACAUUCAUUAAUUGUAUCUUUGUUUCCUUCUAGAUUUCUUCCAACACUCAACACAUUGAUGAAAGCUGCAUCUCUGUAA